AUGAGUGUGGAAACAUCCGCUACUGAGGCGCGCCUCGGUAACCCUUACUAUCUAAACUAUCAUGGACUAACUGUUGACACUUGCCUCUCCUGCGGACAUGUUAUUGGCGCAGAAUCUCAAGCACCUGGUGCUAAUGAGGACUGGCUCAAAUAUUAUCGAGCGCGACUCACGUAUGUGCCAUAG